AUGGCAGGAAAAAUGUACAUUGGAAAUGUCGACUAUGAUGAGAGUGAGAAAUUUAGUGAUUAUAUAGAACGCUUUGAGAUGUUUCUAGAAUGUAAUAAGAUAGAGGCUGCCCGGUGGAAGGCGGUAUUUUUAAGCGUCAUUGGCCCAAAAUUAUUUAGCCUGUUAAAAAACCUGUGCACACCAGUAGCACCAAGGGAAAGGACAUAUGAAGAAUUAAAAAAAAAUCUUAUGAAUCAUCUCGAACCAAAACCAAAUGUGAUCACGGAGAGGUAUAAAUUUGGCCAGAGAUGUCAAAUGUCGGGCGAAUCAAUAAAUACAUAUUUAGCAGAAUUAAAAAAGCUAUCUCUAUAUUGUAAUUAUGGAGAAAAUCUAACAGAACAAAUAAGAGACAAGUUUAUCUCGGGUCUAAAUAAUGAGAAGAUAAAACAAAAACUACUAAAUGAGAGUGAAGUUACAUUAGAAAAAGCCUACAACAUAGCAGUGCAGUUAGAGAACACCGAUCGAGAUUUAGAGGUGAUGACUUCCAAGGUACACAGGAUAGGUGUGGCUGGAAAGAAGCGAGGAGGACAACGGAAUCAUACCUGUGGUCAGCUGCAGCAGAGUGCUAGAAGUAAUAAUAAGUUAUGCAAGUGCUGUGGAAAAGGGGGUCAUUUAAAAGAAGUGUGUUGGUUUAAAGAUAGGAAAUGUAGAUCUUGUGGUAAGAUUGGACAUUUAUUGGCAGUUUGUAGAUUUAAGAAAGGUAAAAAGCUUUGUAAUUAUAUUGAAAAUGAACAUAAUCAGGACAUUGUUUUAGAGGACAUACAAAAUUUAUUUACAUUAAGUGAUACUCAUGUUUCACCUUAUAAACUUGAAUUACAAAUAAAUAACAAAAAGGUAAUGUUUGAAAUAGAUACUGGAGCAGCUAUAAGUGUUAUAAGUCAAUACAUAAAAAAUAAAUAUUUCAAUGAUAGUGAAAUGUACAAAUGUAAUCUUAAACUCAGAUCAUAUGUAAAUGAUUUAAUUACUCCCUUAGGUUUUAUAAAUGUAGACAUUGCUUAUGAUAAAAAGAAAAUGAAAGCGAAAUUAUAUGUAAUUGAGAAUGGGGGACCUUCUCUCAUUGGUCGUGACCUUUUAAAAAAAUUAAAUAUUAAAACAUUAAAUAUAAAUUCAUUAAGUUGUGAAAAUAUUAAAGAUAAAUUGUAUAAGCAGGAAUUACAAAAGAAAUAUGCAGGGGGUAGCAGAGUAAGAGAGUUAGAAAUAGGGAAAAGUGUUUUAGCUAGAGAUUAUAGAAGUAAUAGUAAUAAGUGGAUGGAAGGAAUAAUUUUGGAUAAUCAAAUAAACAGUAAUUUAGAUGAUGAUACUUUUGAUACCGAGUUAGCGUUUAAAGAUAAAGAAUAUCCAAGUGUAUGUAAUGAGACAAGUUCAAGUGUAAUUAUAAAGUCACCUAAUACUGUGUGUAGUAAUUCUGUUGUACGGAAAAGUGAGAUUUUGCCUUCUGUUGAUAAAAAUGUGUCAAAUGGGUCUCAGUUAAAGGAAAUAGUUAGUUCUCCACAAAAGACAGAAUCUUCACCACUUGUUUUAAAGAGAUCUGUUAGAAUUAGAAAGAAACCAGACAGACUUAAUUUA